AUGAAUUACUCAUACUAUCGAUUCCAAAGCCGAACCUCGCAAGUGUUGGCGAGGCAGAAACCACGACGAUCCCUAAGCAAUAUUUCUUUGUCGCAGGUGACGGUGAACACGAACAUCACUGAUCUGAACGAGUACCUUCAGCAUAUCCUCAAGUCCACCAACAUGAAGUGUCUGACUCCUGAGAAGGCACUGUCUGGCUUCUGCGGCUUCAUGGCUGCCAACCUUUAUGCUCGUUCUAUCUUUGGGGAAGAUGCCCUGGCUAAUGUCAGCAUCGAGAAGCCCAUCCACCUGGGGCCUGACGCACCUGUCAACGGACACAUACGCAUUAGAGCCAAAAGUCAGGGGAUGGCCUUGAGUCUCGGUGACAAGAUCAACCUCUCCCAAAAAAAGUCAAAUGUCUGAGACAACUCUGGUCCAGCUGAUCCCUCUGACUUUGUAAAAGUCGCCUGCUGUUCUCUUUUAUCAUCCAUCUUACAGUCUUUUCAUCACAGCUAAUUAAGAACUCUAUACGGUCAGUUGCUUCCUGCUGUUUCUUUUCUUUUUCUUUUUUACAUCACCUCUGUCUGAAAAUUACAUUUCAGUAAUGUUCCUUCCCUAUCUUUAAUUUUCAAUAAACUAUGUAUUAAAAUAAUGA